CCGAUGACCUAGGGCCGCCAAGAUAUUUAAAAAUACUCUUACUGAAAUAUAAAAGUACUGUGGUAAAAUUCCACUAUCGCGAAUUUUUGAAAAAGUACCAUAAAGAAAAGUGGAGUAAAGAUUGAACGAAAUGGUGAUAAAUCAUCAUUCAUUUUCCGACAAAAAUUAAAAUUGUCUUUGUUUCUUCUUGUUUUCCGCCAUUUUGGGUCAUGGUGAUUUUCGUGAAACGCAUUGGUAUCGUCUGUGAGUUUUAACGGGUUUUUAAUUCUAGCAUUGAAAUUAAUACCGAACUUCCCAAGUUAUUAUUAGAAUUGCUCCCAAAAUAACAACAAGCUAUGUCGGACCGAAAAAGACUACUAGAGGAGCUAAGGGUGAUAGACUUACGCGUAGAAUUGGAAAAGCGUAACCUGGAUAAGACCGGUAUUCGUAGUGUGCUUAUUCAGCGUUUAAGUGAGCACUUGGAGCAGGAAGGACAUGAUCCUGCCACAUACAAAUUUGAGUUAACCACAGCAGAUGGUAAAACGCCAGUAAAGAAAAGUAGACGCACUGAGAGUGCCAAAGAACCGGAUGUAGAGGAGACUCCUGUUAUAGAGGAUAUGAUUGUGCAAGAUACAGCUGGUGACGACGACGACAACGAACAAACACCUGCAAUAAACCAGGAUACUCAAAGCAUAGAGAAAAUAGAGAAAUCCGAGGAAAAAAUGGAUGUUGACACCAGCAAAACUAAUAGAAAAAGAGAUAUGAAGGAUGACUCUGAAGCUACACAAGCAAAGAAAGCUUGCAUGGACAAAGAAAUUAAAACAGAAGACGAUCAUAAAAUUGAGAACAACACAGAUGCUGAAGACAGUAUAAAUCUAGAUAUUGGCGAUGACGAAUUAUUGAAUGAGGAGACUGACAAUCCUGCAAAAAUCAAAAAAGAUGAACCGGCGCAUGAGGACGCGGCGGGGACGGCGGCCGACGAGUCGACUGCGAACAGCUCCGCGGCGGCCGCAGACACCGUGCCAGCUGAAAAUCAACAACAAGUAAACACAGAAGCCCCGGCCACUAGUAAUGACAAUGAAAGGAGUGAAAAGGAAUCAAAAGAUGACAAAGUCAAGGACAAUGAGAGCGAGAAGAGCAGCAAGAAGGACGAUAGCAAGGAAGGGGGGGCGCGCAACCUGUGGGUCAGCGGACUGUCGGGCGACACGCGUGCUAAGGACUUGAAGCAGCUUUGUAGCAAACAUGGCAAGGUAAUUGGAGCGAAAGUGGUUACAAAUGCCCGCACUCCUGGUUCCCGCUGCUAUGGCUAUGUGACAAUGGCCAGUGCUCAAGAUGCUGAAAAUUGCAUUAAAAACCUCCACAGAACUGAGCUGCAUGGACGCAUGAUAUCAGUGGAGAAGGCCAAGUCGGAGUCUGAGUCCGCAUCUCGGCGGCAGACCGCGCCGCGCACUGAGCGCAGACCCAGCAAGGACCGCAAGGACGAUAAUAAGGAAAAAGAGGAGAAUAAAGAAGGUGGUGAGAAGUCUGGAGAUCCGAAGACUACAAAAGAAGGCGAUGUGUCCGGCGCGGAGAGUAAUAGAUCCACUUCUCGUACCAGGGAGAAAUCGCACAGAUCUGACAAGGAUCGUGCCCGGCGCAGUACUCGCAGCCGCGAGCGCAGGCGGUCGCCUAGAGAAGUACUCUCGUUUUCUAAGAUUUGGAAAGAGCGAGAUGUAGCGCGUGCGAGGGAGAGGUCGCGCGCCGCUCGCGAGGAGGAGCGCAGGCGGCGCGCUGCGGAGGAGGCCAUGCGGGAGAGAGAGAGGCGGCAGCGCCAGGAGAAGCACCGCCUCGCUAUCGAGAGGGAAAAGCUACGCUCGGAGAGAGAGAAGAUCGAACGAGAAAAGAAUGAACUGUUGCGUUUAGAACGAGAAAGACAUAGAUUGGAGCGUGAGAAGUUAGAACUGGAGAGAUUGGAGCUGAAGAGAGCACAACUGAGGUUAGAGGAGGAGCGUCGCAAGCGCGGCUACGAGGGCGCCGCGUACCGCAAGCCGGCCGCCAGCCCGCCGCCAGACACCGCCUACGAGCGCGAGAGGGACACACGACACAAGCGGCCGCCGCCACCGCCAAUGAACAACAUCCCUCGCUCCAAUAAACCUAAGCAUUUCGAGGCGCCGCCGCCGCCGCGCUUCGAGUUAGCGCCGGCGUACGAGCGCGCGCCGGACAAACGCGACCGCGACAGAGACUAUAAACGCGACUACACGAGACACGUCUCCUCUAGUAAUAUGAAAUACCCGAGCAAUGGCAGCGCUAAUGAUGACUCCAGGCAGCCAAUGCCUCCCGGCACUAGGCCUAAAGAGCCAAGCCGGUCGUACGAGUCGCGCGAGAGCCGGUCGUACCGGCCGUCGCCGCCCGGCAAGCCCGAGCCCCGCAGCUGGAGCACCUCCAGCCGCUACCCCGACACCGCGCCGCCACCCAAAGGCAGCAGCGGCGGCGGCAGCGGCUCCGGCGAGCAGUGGUCGAGCGAUGCGCGGUACGGCGGCGCGUACGAGGCGCGCUACCCCGCCACCUACCAGCCGCCGCCGCCCGGCGCUGCCUACCCCGACCGCUACGCGCCGCCCGCCAGGGACUUCGCACGCAAGUACUAGAAGCACUACACACAGGCCACACAGCAUUCAAAGGAAUGUAGUUUGGAGAGACAAAUGCACAGAGGACUUCACAUAUGCUGGGACCUGCAAACUAUUAUUAUUAUAGUUUAAAUAUUCCAUUUUAUUUUAACCUUUUAUUCAUAUAUGACAAACAUACCUUUUUCCCAUAAAUACCCAAUAUUAGCUUAGUUUUAUUUUUCUUGCGAAAUAUUAGGACCAUUGUAUGGAAGAAAUGUAUAAAUAGAGAAAUUUGUUUAACAUUAAAACUAUGUUAUAAGCGAGUGUUUACAAGGAUAAACUUCGUAUAUUUCUUAUAUGUUAAGUUUUUAGCAUAGUGAAUGCAAGUUAAGUGACAAAAAAUGGAUCUUGUAAUAUAUAGCAUUUUAUAUUUUAAAAUUGGCAAAGAAUAAACGUAAUUUGAAAUA